UUAAAAUAGUACCAUAUAUUUGUUUUAUUAUCUUUAUCCGUAUCUGAUUUUCAUAUUGGUAGGUGAGUCCAAGCAAAGAAUAAAAAGCCUUUACUCAUUUUCUUUCCAUUUCUGAUUUUUCUUAACAAACAUAACUGUCCUCAGUGAUGGUUUUGAAUUGGGUUUUACAGCUCAGAUUCUUGUCAUAUCCUACGACCUACAUAUUGUAUUGCUGUAAUUCGUAGGAUAGCUUUCUUUACUUGACUAAUAUUUUAUUUUGAAUUGUAAUUUGUAUGUAUUGUUAAUUGAUGAAAAGUAAUCCUGUCUUUGUCAAAGCAGCUUAAUUUUUUUUCCAAGUUUCGUGAUUGGUAUUUUCACCCAAUUCCGUAUAAAAAUUAUUAUCACGGCUGUGCAAGUUAAACCUAUCCGGGGUUGUUAUUUUCCUUUAGAGCAGAAUUCUGGGUCGUCUGCAUUUUCUUCUAAGGAUUUGGUCAUUUGGGUUUCUGGGGUAGGUGAUCGGUGAGGGAAUUAUCAUUGGAUUUUUGUUGAAUGGAUGAAUUGGUCGGACCUCGCUUGUACAGCUGCUAUAAAUGUCGCAAUCAUGUUUCUCUUCAUGAUGAUAUAGUCUCUAAGGCGUUUCAGGGAAGAAAUGGCAGAGCUUUUCUGUUUACUCAUGUGAUGAAUAUUAAUGUUGGACCUAAAGAAGACAGACAUCUCUUGACUGGUCUUCAUACUGUUGCUGAUGUAUACUGUGGGGAUUGCAAUGAGGUUUUGGGCUGGAAAUAUGAACGAGCUUAUGAGCAAACACAGAAGUACAAGGAAGGGAAAUUCAUACUUGAGAAAUCUAAAAUCGUUAAAGAGAAUUGGUAGCCCAGCACCAAUUCAUUAUUGAUUCUUUAUCUUAGUACUUAAUGUAAGUAAUGUUCAUCCUAUCUAUAUAAAUCCGUGUACAGAACUUGUCAAACUGAAAAAAUUGCAGAUGCUCAAUUGAAUA